AUGGACCCGAGGGAGCCGGGGCAGCCGGGGGAGCCGGGCUGGGAGCCGGGCUGGGAGCCGGGCGAGCCGGGCUGGGCGCGGGGCGGGCCGGCCCUGGGCGGGCGGGGGCUGCUGGCCCUGGCCGUGGCCAGCGGGGCGGCCGCCUGGGCCACCUGGGCGCUCGUGCUGAUGCCCGGCUUUCGCCGCGUCCCCCUGCGGCUGCAGGUGCCCUACCAGCCCUCCAGCCCCCGGCAAGUGGCCAACGCCCUGGCACUGCUGCGGGGACGCGCGGGGAAGACGGUGGAUCUGGGAUCGGGAGAUGGACGGCUCGUGGUCGAGGCUUACAAGCAGGGCCUGAGGCCAGCCCUGGGCUAUGAGCUCAAUCCCUGGCUACUGUGUCUCGCCAACUACCGUGCCUGGAGGGCCGGGUACCACGGGAAGGUCUCCUUCUUGAAGGAAGAUCUGUGGAAGGUGGAUCUUUCCGACUGCAACAAUGUGAUCGUGUUCCUGGCCCCCAGCGUGAAACCUCCCUUGGCCACGAAGCUCCUGGCAGAACUCCCCGACGGGGCCCGGGUGGUGUCUGGACGCUUCCCCUUCCCGUCCUGGACUCCCAGCAGCACCCUGGGGCAGGGGCUGGAGCAGGUCUGGGCCUAUGACAUGAAGGAGGUGCGUCGAGCAGCGCAGAGCAGCGCCCAGGGGAGCCCAGUCUGACAGCAGCCUUGUUAAGCUCAGUCUAACACCAGCCUCGUUGAGCCUGGCAUUAAGGGUCAGAGCCUCUCCAGCCCUAGGCUCAGCUCAGGACAGCAGUGCUUGGCCAGGAUUUGUCCUGGGGACUUGCAGGGUGGCAGUCACUCAGUUUUCCAAAGAGUUUAGGAGAAGCAAGGGAGGAGAAAAUCAGACCCAGAAGUCCUGGGAUUAACACAAGAUUAAGGACUAAAGCUCCAGUGCCUCCUUCUGUAUGUUUACUACUUUAUUUAAUUUUUCAAAAUAAAUAUUUGGUUGGUUGUUCC